CGCCGCCGCGCGCUCACACACGCACUCUCGCUGGAUCAGCUGCGCGCUCGCGGUCUCCGUGCGUCCCUUCCCCCCGCGGCCUGGCUGCUGAUGAGAUGAGUGGAAGAUGUCGGUGUCGGGGCUGAAGGCCGAAUUAAAGUUCCUGGAGUCAAUCUUUGACCCAAACCAUGAGCGAUUUCGAAUAAUCGACUGGAAGCCAGACGAACUGAGCUGCCAGUUUAAUGUGACGGGAGAAAAGCUGCUGAUUAUUCACUGCAACAUCACGGAGUCUUAUCCUUCAACACCACCAAUAUGGUUUGUUGAUUCAGAUGAUCCAAGUCUGACUGAAGUCCUUGAGCGACUGGAGGAUGUCAGAAAAGGCAAUGCGUUGCUCUUACAGCAGCUGAAAAGGCUGAUCUGUGAUUUAUGCCGACUCUAUAACCUGCCCCAGCAUCCUGAUGUGGAGAUGCUGGAUCAGCCGCUUCCUGCUGGACCCAUCAGUAAUGAUAAGAAGCAUGGAACAACAGACGAAGUGACAUCAGAAGAAGAGGAGGAAGAGGAAAUGGCAGAGGAUAUUGAAGAUCUAGACCACUAUGAGAUGAAAGAGGAACCAGUGGAUGGAAAAAAGUCAGAGGACGAUGGCAUAGAGAAGGAAAACCUGGCCAUUCUGGAGAAAAUCCGCAAGAACCAGAGGCAGGACCACUUGAACGGUGCGGUGUCCGGUUCAGUCCAGGCCUCUGACCGCCUCAUGAAGGAACUCAGGGAGAUCUAUAGAUCACAGAGUUAUAAGACAGGUAUCUAUUCAGUGGAGCUAGUAAACGAUAGCCUGUAUGAGUGGCAUGUCAAGUUAAGGACGGUUGACCCAGACAGUCCGUUACACAGCGACUUGCAGGUUUGAAGGAAAAGAAGGAGGAAGGACUACAUUCUGCUCAAUUUCUCCUAUAAAGAUAACUUUCUUGAUCCUCCCUUCGUACGGGUUGUGUCUCCUGUCCUGUCUGGAGGCUAUGUUCUUGGAGGAGGAGCCUUGUGUAUGGAGCUACUUACAAAACAGGGCUGGAGCAGUGCCUACUCAAUAGAGUCAGUCAUCAUGCAAAUCAAUGCCACCUUAGUCAAAGGGAAAGCCAGAGUGCAGUUCGGAGCAAAUAAGAAUCAAUACAAUCUCGCGAGCCAACAGUCAUACAAAUCACUGGUUCAGAUUCACGAAAAGAACGGCUGGUACACACCUCCUAAAGAAGAUGGCUAGGAAAGGCAUUGGUCCGCUUGCGCACCGCAAACAUGGGAUGUCUGGUCAAACCUUCGCUUUAUUUUACUAAUGUUUUUCACCUCUUCAGCUUGAGUAUGAUGCCCCCCUCGCGUGUAAGUGGAAACCAUCAGGGGAAACGUUCGCCCUCUCGCUGUCUGGAAUGCUCGGAAAUUUGCAUCGUCCUUUAUCUUCUGCAAGGCUGGACUCUUGACCAGAUCCCAUGACGUCUGGAUUUCUGUCCAUUUCUCAUGCUCUCUUUCCCUCUUUCAUUUAGUUUCUUCUGUUCUCAUGGAAUGUUCAGAGCCUUGGUACUAAUGAGGCAAUUUGAAAAGUUUUUUUCUCUUUUUUUUUUUCCUUCCAUCGCUUCCUCCACACUUUUACUGGAGCAUGGCUCUGUUCAGGAUAUUACAUAGAUGGAGAUGCUCAUUGAAGAUGCUGGAUCUGAUCCUCUCCGUCUGCUUUUAAAGGACGUUCUUAUGGCCGUGGACUUUAAAUGGUGGUUUACUGAACUUAAAACAGGAAAUGGAUGCAACUAGAGACAAUGUGAAGACAAUGUGCCACUGCUCUUGUAUCUAUAGACUUUUUGUCCCCACCUCAUGCGUUCCGAGUUAACAUGUACUGGUACAUUUAAUGCUGAUGUCGUCGAAGAAACGUUACUUGCCACAAUUAUAUGCGCAAGCUUCCUAAGCAACCCUAAUGUUAAACGAUAACGCAGAGGACGAGAGUAAGGAGCGCUUAUACAACUCCAGCUCCAGAUCUCGUGUGUUGUUUUUUUUUUUUUGUUUUGUUUUUUCCCUCUUCACUAAGGAUCAGUUUCCUUACGCUUGCUUUUAGCAUGUGGCUGAUCUGACCAAUAAUGGACAAACGUGAGCUUUGGCGAAGUGGAACAAGCCGUCGCUCCAUCGUUGAACAGAGCUCCACUUGUAUACUUGUAAAUGGAUUUGAGGCGUCUUAAAUGUGGUGUUUAUGUGAAGUGGGGGAAUUAUCCGAGUUGUUUUCACAGACUUUGGGACUCGAAAUGGGGGAAAAAAGGUUGAUGUUUCUCAAAAUAAUGGGGUAAUAUCUUAAAAAUUGUAUUUAUAUAAGUGAUAUGAACAUAACUUUUUCGUUUUGUUUUGGGUUUUUUUUUUUGUUCCCACCUAAUUGUCAUCUUUUGUUUUGAAAGAUGUUUAUAAUUUCUGCUCUAUUAAAAACAAAAACAGCUGUUACAGAUUGAGGUUUACAUUACUAAUGGACCUCUCAUGAUCAGCAGGACUUAAAAGUUUCGUUUUGUGAGAAUCUUAAAGAGCGCAAAUAAUACUUUUCUCAUAGCACAACACUUCAAGAGCACUGUUCCUUUCUAAACCUCAUGGACAAUUCUCACAAUCCUCAACAUGUUUGUUUUACCUCUUGGAUUUGAAUGUCCAGUAUAAAGUCUUAAGAAUGGUCGAUGUGUUAACGUUCACGGCGAAGGCAAACUUUUGGAAAUUCACCACACCCUCCCUACCGUAGUCUUUGUUUCGCAGUGUAUUGUAAAACUGGCUUUCGAAGAAAGGUUUGCGCUCGUGACGACGUCUCACAAUUUUCAUGGAAAACUCAGGAAAAUCCAUUCUGUUUGAAAACACAUUUGCUCUGCUUCUCCACUUUCUCUAGUUUUUGAAAGUUAAGAAAAGGAGUUGUUUAACAGCUUCCUCUGCUUAGUAUUUUCUGAUGGCGCUUGGUUCCGUCGUAACAAGUGUUAAAGGCCAAUUCUGAUUGGAUGACUCUAUUAAAAGUAUCAGAUUUCCAUUUUGUUUACUGAGUUAACAGUCAAACGUAAUGUUUUUGUUGUCGCGCACCUGUUCAGCUUUCCCACUUGUAAAUAUUUUGGGACUUUUGGCUUAGUAUUUGCACAGAAUGUUGUGAUUGUGCCUCAUGGAUCAGCCCCGAGUUUGAACUUCGUAACUGGCAGUCUCUUGGAUACAUGUUAUCAUCAUGAAAACGUGAGAUGCAAAUGUCAUUUUAACUUCAAUCACGUGUAUGAGAGACAUUGCAGCAGGAAUGUCUUGAGUGUUCGCUUUGCAAAUAAUGGCUGCUGGCUUGAUUCAGAGACGUUUUCAUCUGUGAUGUUGGAAAAGGCAGACUCUAGAGGGGGGUUCAUCUCAGAAGUGCAUCUGUGUUUUCAGAGUUGUUGACCUGGGCUCGUCUGUAAUGACCAAGGUUUCUGUGACUGAUUAGUUGUCUUUUGUUUCCUUGUUCAAACAGUAACUGUUUUUGUUUUUUCCACAUCGAUCGUGAACCUCACAGUAACCAAUAACAGAAUUCGUCUCUGGUGCCAUCUCAUGGAAUGGUUCUUGAAGCUCACACUGUUGGCAUGCUUUCUGGGGUUUUUUUUUUUUUUUUUUUUUUGUUAGGUUUUUUUCCAUUACAAGAGAAUUUUGACCAUGUACAGUAUAUUUGUAAACUUGCAUCAAGUUUAUGAAUAAAGAAUUUUACGCA